GGCGACACUGAAGAGGGGAGGCGCGAAAGGUUGCCCGGAGUUUGGUGACGUAUUUCCUCCCCGAGAUUUGUGUUUCCCUUAAAGGAGCCCUCGCUUCCGGAAGUCCGCCAAAUGUUCGGAGAGCGGGCAUAGACUUCUAUGGGCUCCUUUCAAACUCUGGAUUUCGAGGCUGCCUGCCUCCACCGCAAGCACUACAGAGAUCCUUUGACCGGUGUUAGUGAUGGCUGAAGGAGAACUCCAGAAACCUCUUCCCAGGUUAGUUCAAGAAGGAAAGCUCGCCCUUCUCCAAGAAGAGAUGAAGAACGUGGAGGAUCUGAUCAAGGACGUGAAGAGGAAGCACUUUGGCAGGUCAGGGGACACUUUGCUCCACUAUGCAGCCCGGAACGGCCACCUGAGUGUCCUCCGCUACUUAGUCGAGGUCUUGGAAAUGGACCUGGAGCUGUUCAAUAAUGAUUACAAGCGUCCUCUCCACGAAGCGGCUUCCAUGGGUCACCAGGACUGUCUCUUAUAUCUGCUGGACCGAGGGGCGGCUGUCGAUUGCUUGAAAAAAUCAGACUGGACUCCCCUAAUGAUGGCUUGUACAAGGAGGAAGCUGGAGGUCAUUCAAGACCUUGUCCAGCAUGGCGCAAACCCAUUACUGAAGAACAAAGAUGGCUGGAACUGUUUCCACAUAGCUUGCCGAGAGGGGGAUCCUGGAGUGAUCCAGUACUUGCUUGACGUCUCUCCUAACAUCUGGGUCACAGAAAGCAAGAUCAAAAGGACUCCUCUGCACACAGCAGCGAUGCACGGAUGCCUGGAGGUUGUGCAAGUGCUGCUUGAAAGGUGCCACUAUGAACCAGACAGUGCUGACAAAUGUGGAGUCACUCCCUUUAUGGAUGCCAUACAAAAUGGGCACCUUGAUAUUGCCCAGCUGCUUCUAGAUAAGCAUAAGGCUGAUCAGAGCACCACAGAUGCACUUGGGACUCAACCACUGCACCAGGCGGCAGUCACAGCACAGGACGAUGCCCUUCGGUUUCUCGUUUCUGAUCUCAGUGUCGAUGUCAAUGCAAGAGCCACCUCCCUGCAGCUCACUGCACUUCAUUAUGCUGCCAAGGAAGGACAUGCAGGCACAGUCAAGACCCUUCUCUUCCUCGGAGCUGAUGUGAACGCAAAGGAUGGGAAAAAUCGAACAGCCCUGCAUAUGGCAUGCGCUGGGCAGCAUGCAACAUGUGUGCAAAUCCUCCUGCAGGCGGGCUUGCAAGAUUCACCAGACAUCACUGGAACACACGCACGGCAGCUUGUGAGGAAGUCCAGCCUCCUUCAGCUUUUCAAGGAAGCAGACAUUAGUGUGUGAAACCUGAUUUUCUGGCAAAGAGAACGGGAUCUUUUCUCUCUAGUGUCCCACCAGUUUUAGUUCAUUUAGUUCAAUGCCAAUUUUUGAGUCUUCUAAGAAGACCCCCGUUCCUGUGAUGGUAGUGGGACUAAGAGAAAGGCCUCAUAAGGAAUGCUGGGAAUUGCAUUUCAGCAACAUCUGGAGGGCCUUGUGAUUCCCUGCCUCACCUUUACUGAAUCAGUCAGCAGGCCAGUUUCAAAAAUUCCUUGUAUGAGAGCUGGAGUGCUGCAGCAGCACUUCAUCUGAGGACUGUGACCAGAUCUUGGAACCAUUACUUUUUUGGGUCUGCAGCUCCCAGAAUCUCCCAUCGCCCAUGCUGGCUCAAGGAUUCUGGAAGUUGUAGUCCAACCAAGUUACUUUUCCCAACUCCAGCAGCUCUGAGUGGGAAUGAGCAGAACUAGGCCCUAGCAUAAUUUUUUCUUGAAGAGAAGAUGGGAGAACAGAAUUUGAAAUGUAAUGAAUACAAAUAAAUGACCUA